UAAAUUGAGCACAUUUAUGCGUUAAUCGUUCAUGAAAUCGUUCUUGUGUUAAUUGUUGCAUGACUUUGUGAUUUGCCCAUUUUUACACAGAAAUUGUUGAAUUUCUGAAUAAAUCGUUUGCAGAAACCAUUUCACAGAAAUUUUACGAAUUUUCUGUAAAUUGCUCAUAAAACCAUUAUUACGCAAAUGAUCGCAUGAUUUUGUGUUUUUCACAUCGGAUGUGUCGAAUUUAAAUUGUAAAUCUAUUCACAGUUUACACAAAAAAUGUACUUUUAAUUCAGUAAAACAGCUUUACGUAAUUUGUUGAAUCCAAAUAACAUCGUUCAUAUAAUCAUUCAUGAUUUAGACACAAAAAAUAUUUCAAUUUGCUAGUUAGUACGUUUUAAUUGUUGUAAAAUCUGUGUGUGUGUGUGUGUGUGUGUGUGUGUGCAUGUGUUGUCCUGGUUAUUCAAGACGAUGCCUGGGCUCUUUCAGCACUUUCUGGACAUUCCUGCCAAACGCAGCAGUGAGUGAGUGAGUGAGUGAGUGAGUGAGUGAGUGAGUGAGUUCCUCACAAGCUUGUUUCACGGACAGGACGGAUAGUGUGUUUUUGUGAGCCAUGCCUCUAUGAGCGCUAGCAUGCAGGACGUUCCAGAGAAGAGAAGAGACACAGGACGCCUGCGAGAGCCCAUGUCCCAGGAUGGUAAGGAACUCGGGCUCUCCGGUGGUGACGCUGACCCAAGACAGGUGCUCGUGAAGCAGGCAGACGCUGAGCGGGAGACCCUGAUGAUGGAGCUUACGCGGCGGGUGCAGAAGAGUGUGCGAGAGAGCAGCUGGUGGGAGAGGAGGGGAAUAGACUGCACCAUCCUGAUCGCAGCGUUCAUCAGUUUGCCUGCAGGUUUCCUGUUCUUGGGUUUGUCUCAGCCGCUGUACUUCCUGUUGGGUCUGCUCAUUAUGGGCGUGGCACAUGCCGUUAUCACUGUUAAAGGGACGCACCUGGCCAGUCACGGAGCGCUCAGCGAGUCUCCGGCCUGGGCCGAAUUCUGGGCCGUUUUCUUUAUCGAAGUGUGCGGGUCAUUCUCUGCGAGGGCAGGUGUGCAGGCGCAUGUUAAGAUGCAUCACGCUCACACUAAUGUGAUUGGUCUGGGAGACUCCAGCACCUGGAAAAUCCCCUUCCUGCCUCGAAUCGUCUACCUGUUCAUCGCCCCUCUGGCUGUCCCUGUCAUUACACCUGUCGUAGCCAUGGGCCAGUUGAAGGGUCAAUCUCCAUUCCAGAUUGUACGCACAGUGCUGUGUGUGUGUCUAGGCUUUUUCUCUCAAUAUUACCUGCUCAGGUGUGUGUCAGGGCUGUCGUGCAACUCUGCUCUACUGGUCAUGCUGCUGUGUAGAGCCAUGUUCUCCCUGCCAUACAUACAUGUCAACAUAUUUCAGCACAUCGGUCUGCCAAUGUUCUCUUCGACCUGUCGGCCCAAACGGAUCUAUCAGAUGACCCACGGCGUCCUGAAUCUUCCUCGAAACCCUCUGCUGGACUGGACCUUCGGUCAUUCCCUCAUCAACUGCCAUGUAGAGCAUCACCUCUUCCCAUACCUCUCUGACAACAUGUGCCUGAAGGUGAAGCCCAUAGUGUCUCAGUAUUUAAAGGAAAAGCAGUUGCCGUAUCAGGAGGACAGUUACCUCUCGCGCCUAAGUCUGUUCUUCCAUAAAUAUCAGGAGCUAAUGGUGUUUGCUCCGUCCAUCACGGAACUGGUGGGAGUGCAGUGACACAGGGAGAAGAGGAUUGGAUGAACAGAUAAAGAGGAGGAAAAAAGAGAACAUGGACACAGAAGUGAUGAUCAUUGUGCUUUUCCAAAUGCUUCUAAAUUUCCAAACGCUUAAUUGGUGCAUGUAAACAAUCUUAGAAUUAAGAAUCGAUCAGGAGAGCAUGUUUACCAGAGAUGAUGUUUUAAUUUAAAGACCCCAUGAAAUGGCUUGAUGAAUGCUUUUUUGUUUGUUUGUUUGUUUGUUUGGACACAUUUUCUUGAAACAGAAAGUUUGGAACAUAUCUAAGGGCUUUUUUUAAAUAGCCAAUUGUCUUCAGUUUAUGUCAAAGUCAUGAACCGUGAUUGGCUGCUUACUUUUGCUAUUCAGAAGUCAGUAUUAAGCCAACUUUUCACUUCAUCUGACAAACUACAGAUUAAUAGAAGUCAUUCAUUUCCAGUGGAAAGUUACACAGGGGCUGCGUGGAGUUGUACGGAAUAUUCGGAUAUGAUUUAAGCUUCGGAUGCAAUUAAAUAUUUCAACUUCUGCGACUAGACCGUGUGCGACUGCCUGACCGGAUGUGACAUAUUCCUUUCAAAACUACGAGCCUGAAGUGAGAAAUAUCAACUAUUUUUGUCCUAAACUUAUUCUAAAUGCCUGCUACUUUGGCAGAUUAGACGUUAAUGAAUGUAGAAGUCAGAAAUGAUCAUUCACAUUGGAAAUACACGCAUUUAUCAUUAAAUAUGUGAUUAUUUAAAAGUACUUCUAUUUCCGCAUAUGCAAAAGCUUCAUAUUUAAAUCAAAUUCAUUUGUACUCUCUUUGCAAAUAUCAUUCUGUGGUUUGGUAGCAAACUUUCAAAACCAACAACCUUUAUUCAAAGCUCCAUUUUCAUUUUUUUAUCUUUCAAUACAUCACAUCACGAUUCGCAAGUGCCUUCUCCCUUGUAAUACAAUCCAUUGCGAAUGUCGGAUGCGAAUGUCGGAGACGGUGAAAGCCGGAUUUAGAGGGAGGGACAUCUUCAUUCUAGAGGGCACCAAUCAGCUCUGAACUUCAACAAGUGACUGUAUGAACCCCAUAGAGAUAGAUUAACAGACGCUACCUGAACUACUUUCGCGGGGUGGAUGAUAAAACAGGUGAAAAAAUCCCAUAGAUUUACAUUGAAGGGGGGACCUGAGUCAUAAUAUCAUUGAGACUCUUUUUGACCCAGUACACCCUGGUAACCACAUAGCAACACACUAAAAACCACUCAGAAUACAAUAGCAAUCGCAUGGCAACUCCCUGGCAUUGUAGGUGAGUUUUUGCAUGUGCAGGCAGCAUUUAUAUUGUCUUCAGAAAACAUUAAAAUCUAGUUUUUAUGAUGGCUGUGCGUAGGUUGACAUAUUAGAAUUUGCUAACAGUCUAAUACCCAGUACAAUAUUAAUGUAAUGCAUUGAGUAUAUGUACCCAUAAUUGUAACAAAUAUGUGGAACAUGCAUUAAUGAUUAAUUAUCAAAUAAUAUUCACAAUCACAGCAUUGCAGUAGUAACUACAAAUGUUGUUUUUUAUUAUUGUAAUUAUUAUAAUUUGUUAUCGAUAAAGAAAAAACUGAUCUUUAUACACUGAUAAAGGAGGGGAGGUUAUUCAGGUUUGUGAUUGGAGGUCAACUUUAUGAUUGUUUCAGUGAUUAUAACUAAAAUCAUUUGACAAGCUUUAACUGAUGAAUGUACUGUAAUGCAUAUGACCAUACUGAGAUGUGUGUGUGUGUGUGUGAGAGAGAGAGAGAGAGAGUGAGAGAGAGAGAGAGAGAGAGAGAGAGAGAGAGAGAUGAUCUUGUUCUUAUUUUAAAUGAACAUGUAAGAUAUGGGGCAUUCAUUUUACUGACCAAAUAAACCGAAUUAAACUGUAAGCUGAGUUUAAAUGGU